UGAAAUGAAACAGCAUCAAGAUCAGUAACUCAUAUCUCUGAAAGGCUUUAUUUACAGGUUACAUUUGCUGUGACAGAACUGGCUAGAAGAAAGGACCAGGUAUUCCUGUGCAUUUGCAUUUGUAAGCAAUUCCACUGCAAUUCAGCACACAGCAGCCCAAGACAAAAAGUGAUUUUCUUCUCUUCCAGCAUACCUGGAGAUAUGAAUGACACCCGUACCAAGAGCAAUAUCAAUAAUAUCAGCACUACUGUGGAACUGUUCCAGCUCAUCAUGUACACCCCCACAUUUACCCUAGGAUUGCUGUUCAAUGUGAUGGCUCUGUCGUUCCUGUUUUUUAAGGUUAAAAAGCUGUCAGAAUCUACAAUCUACAUGAUAGCCCUUAUUUUCUUGGACACUUUGCUGCUGUUUACUCUUCCUUUUAAAAUAAUUUCCUACCACCUUCAGGACAACUGGAACUUGGGGUCUGUGUUUUGCUCCACCUUGGAGAGUCUUUACUUUGUAAACAUGUACGGCAGCAUUCUCAUCUCCCUCUGCAUCUGUGUAGACCGGUACAUAGCUAUCCAGCACCCUUUCAUGGCUCCUACCCUGCGAUCUACCAAGAAAGCUGCUAUGGUCUGUGCUGUCAUCUGCCUGGGCACCUCGGCCGGGACAGUCUUUACUUUCCAACUGCAUGGAGAGGGCUACAACAUCUCAUCCUGCUUCCAUAACUUCUCCAAGAGCACGUGGGAAAACGCAGGCCUGUUCAGCGCCUUGGAGACCACCUUCUUCGGCAGCAUGGCAGCCAUGACCUUCUGCACCGCUCAGACCGUCAGGUGCUUGAGAAAGCACAGAAAACGAGACAACCCCCAAACACACACCACUAGAGCAGAGAAGAUAGUGGUAACAAAUGUUGUCGCGUUUUUGGUCUGUUUCACGCCUUACCACAUGGCCUACUUUGUGUACUUUUUGGUGAAGAACAACAUCAUUCACACCAGUUUUCAGCAAGUGCUACGAGACAUCGUUCAGGGCACCCUUUGCUGGGCAAACCUGAACUGCUGUCUUGAUGGGGUGUGUUAUUAUUUUGUUUUAAAGGAGUCCUUGGAAGACCCAUUACGAAACAGGGAAAAGACAGCCACGCGAAAGCCUUGA